GGAGGUAAACGCAGUCACGUGACCGACCGCUGCCGUCGGUGAGGUUUUCCCAUUAUGGCGGAGGAGCCAGCCGAGUGGAUGGACUGUCUCUUCCACACUGAUGCUUGUUUUGUGUCUUAAGGGAGGGCGUUUGAUUUUUUACUUUUUACAUUUCCUCGCAACAGCCUGGUUUCUUUACAACUAGACUGCACUCGUGUUUAUCGGCAAAGUCAUGACAGACCGUGGCGUGGAUUUGUCCGCCCUGCCGAAAGAGGUUAGAGACCAACUGGCGGAGUUGGAUCUGGAGCUGUCUGAAGGUGACAUCACACAGAAGGGAUAUGAGAAGAAGAGAGCCAAGCUGCUGGCCUCCUACAUCCCCCAUUUGCCAAAUGUGGAGCUGUCUCUGCCAGAUGUGCAGCGUUCCCCUGGCCACAGUGCUGACCCCAGCCCAAGUCCUGAGGCCCCGGGCCCCUCCACCUCUUCAGCCUCCAGACACCACCGUGCACACCGCAGUGGAGGGGCCAGGGAUGACCGCUACAGAUCAGACAUCCAUACAGAGGCUGUGCAGGCAGCACUGGCCAAGCACAAAGAAGAGAAGAUGGCACCACCUAUGCCAACCAAGAGACGCUCAGCCUUCGUCCAGUCUCCCAUAGACACCUGUACGCCUCCAGACACAUCUUCUGCAUCAGAGGAUGAGGGCUCCCUGCGCAGAAAAGCAGCUCUCAGUGCAGCUAUAGCCCAGAGCCUGCAGAGCCCCGAUUACUGGAUCAACCGUUCCGUCCAAAGCUCCUCCACAUCCUCAUCUGCUUCCUCCACCCUCUCCCAUGGAGAGCCCAAGACCCACCCACUGCCUCAGCCUCCGCCUGCUGCUUCUUUGUUGGCUGAUGUACUGGCCCACACACGCAUAGAAAACAGUGUCCCUCCAGAUGUGACAUCCUCCACUCCCCAGGAGAGAGGGUCCAGAGUGGACCUGCCUCCAGCAGUCAAGGGCAUGAGUCGUGGACAGAGUCGCUCUAGCAUGUUGGACACCGCUGACGGAAAGAGAAAAGGUGUUCCCGUCAGCAGCAGGGUGUCUACAAAGAUCCAGCAGCUGUUGAACACGCUCAAACGACCCAAAAGACCCCCACUCAGCGAAUUCUUCCUUGAUGACUCGGAGGAAAUUGUAGAAGUCCCCCGGCCGGACCCCAACACCCCAAAGCCUGAGGGACGUCAAAUCGUACCCGUGAAGGGGGAGCCCCUCGGAGUGGUCAGUAAUUGGCCUCCUGCGCUGCAGGCCGCCCUGGCCCGCUGGGGGGCCACUCAGGCCAAGAGCCCUGCCCUUACUGCCCUGGAUAUCACUGGCAAACCCCUAUAUACACUUACAUAUGGGAAGCUAUGGAGCCGCAGUCUGAAGCUGGCCUAUACUCUGCUGAAUAAACUGGGCACCAAGUCAGAGCCCGUCCUACAACCUGGAGAUCGGGUGGCGUUGGUGUAUCCCAACAGUGACCCCGGAAUGUUCUGGGUGGCUUUCUAUGGCUGCUUAUUAGCUGAAGUUAUCCCUGUGCCCAUAGAGGUGCCACUGUCACGGCAGGAUGCAGGUAGCCAGCAAAUUGGCUUCCUGUUGGGCAGCUGUAGUGUUAGUUUGGCACUGACCAGUGAGGUGUGUCUCAAAGGGCUGCCGAAGACACCAAACGGAGAGAUCAUCCAGUUCAAAGGAUGGCCAAGGAUGAAAUGGGUAGUGACAGACACCAAGUACCUGACCAAACCAUCCAAAGACUGGCAGCCUCACAUCCCGACCGCCAACACAGACACGGCCUACAUAGAGUACAAAGCGAGUAAGGAGGGAACAGUGAUGGGAGUUGCAGUGUCCAAGAUCUCCAUGCUGACCCACUGUCAAGCCCUGACCCAGGCCUGUAACUACUGUGAAGGGGAGACACUGGUCAAUGUGUUGGACUGCAAGAAGGAUAUGGGCUUGUGGCAUGGCGUCUUAACGAGUGUUAUGAACAGAAUCCACACCAUCACAGUGCCAUAUGCUGUCAUGAAAGCCUGUCCCAUGUCCUGGGUGCAGAGGGUCCACAUUCACAAAGCACGUGUGGCCUUGGUGAAGUGCCGUGACCUCCACUGGGCCAUGAUGGCUCACAAGGACCAGAAGGACACCAACUUGUCCUCUAUACGUAUGCUUAUUGUGGCUGAUGGAGCAAACCCUUGGUCUGUGUCAUCAUGUGAUGCCUUCCUGAAUGUGUUCCAGUCUUUUGGUUUGAAGCCUGAGGUCAUUUGUCCCUGUGCCACCUCUCCUGAGGCCCUGACUGUGGCCAUACGCAGGCCUGGUGCACGAGGAGCUCCACUACCAGCCAGGGCCAUCUUGUCCAUGGGUGGGCUGAGCCACGGGGUGAUCAGGGUUAACACAGAGGACAAGAACUCUGCCCUCACUGUUCAGGAUGUGGGCCACAUUAUGCCUGGAGCUCUGAUGUGCAUUGUGAAACCAGACGGACCUCCCCAGCUGUGUAAGACAGAUGAGAUAGGAGAGAUUGUGAUCAACUCUCGGGCUGGAGGCACCAUGUACUACGGCCUGCCAGGUGUCACCAAGAACACAUUUGAGGUGAUUCCUGUUAACCAAGCUGGAGCACCCAUUGGAGAAAUUCCCUUCACUCGGACUGGUCUCCUUGGAUUUGUAGGACCAGGCAGCUUGGUGUUUGUUGUGGGGAAGAUUGAGGGGCUGCUGAUGGUGAGCAGGCGACGCCACAACGCUGACGACCUGGUGGCCACUGCACUCGCAGUGGAGCCCGUCAAAACAGUUUACAGGGGGAGGAUCGCUGUGUUCUCAGUGACGGUGUUUUAUGAUGAAAGGAUAGUGAUUGUGGCAGAGCAGAGGCCUGAUGCUAGUGAGGAGGACAGCUUCCAGUGGAUGAGUCGAGUACUGCAGGCCAUUGACAGUAUCCACCAGGUUGGCCUAUACUGCCUUGCACUCGUCCCAGCCAACACCCUCCCAAAGACGCCACUUGGAGGCAUUCACAUCUGUGAAACCAAGCAGAACUUUUUGGAGGGAAACCUGCACCCCUGUAAUAUCCUCAUGUGCCCACACACCUGUGUUACCAACCUGCCCAAACCACGACAGAAACAACCAGUGGAUGUCGGUCCAGCUUCUAUGCUGGUUGGCAACUUGGUGGCAGGGAAACGCAUCGCUCAGGCUACAGGCCGAGAGCUGGCCAUGGUGGAGGAUCAAGACCUGAUCCGAAAGCUCUGUAUGUGGCCCAACGUGAUGCACCAGUUCUUGUCUGAAGCCCUGCAGUGGAGAGCCCAGACCGACCCAGACCAUGUUCUAUAUGUGCUGCUCAAUGCCAAGGGGGUGGCAGUGUGCACAGCUACAUGUGCUCAGCUACACAAGAGAGCAGAGAAGAUCACAGCCACCCUAAUGGAGAGAGGAGGCCUCAAUACAGGAGACAAUGUGGUGCUGCUUUAUCCGCCAGGUAUUGACCUGAUAGCUGCCUUCUAUGGCUGUCUCUAUGCAGGGGUCAUCCCUGUGACGGUGAGGCCGCCUCACCCACAGAACCUGGCUGCUACUCUCCCCACUGUUCGCAUGAUCAUCGAUGUGAGCAAAGCAGCCUGCAUCCUCACCACUCAGCCUCUCAUGAGGAUCCUCAGGUCUAGGGAGGCUGCUGCCAGCGUCAACGUCAAGACAUGGCCCACAAUCAUCGACACAGAUGAUCUCCCCAGAAAGCGGCCUCCAAACAUCUAUAAACCCCCCACUGCUGAGAUGCUGGCCUAUCUGGACUUCAGUGUGUCUACCACAGGCAUGUUGACUGGAGUCAAGAUGUCUCAUGCUGCAGUCAGUAGCCUAUGCCGCUCCAUUAAGCUGCAGUGUGAGCUCUACUCCUCACGCCAAAUAGCCAUCUGUCUGGACCCGUACUGUGGCCUGGGCUUUGUCCUGUGGUGCCUCUCCAGUGUUUACUCAGGUCACCAGUCCAUCCUCAUCCCUCCCCUGGAGCUGGAGAGUUCACUGCCUGUGUGGCUGAGCACGCUUAGUCAGUACAAGAUCAGAGACACGUUCUGCUCCUACUCUGUCAUGGAGCUGUGCACCAAAGGUCUGGGCAGCCAGACAGAGAUGCUGAAGGCGCGGGGCCUGAACCUGUCGUGUGUACGGAGCUGUGUGGUGAUAGCAGAGGAACGGCCUCGUCUCGCUCUCACGCAGUCCUUCUCCAAGCUCUUCAAAGACCUCGGCCUGUCGCCACGCGCCGUCAGCACCGCCUUCGGCUCCAGGGUCAACCUGGCCAUCUGCCUGCAGGGCACUGCUGGACCAGACCCCUCCACUGUCUAUGUUGACAUGAAGUCACUGCGUCAUGACAGGGUGAGGCUCGUAGAGCGAGGAGCGCCACAGAGUCUUCCACUCACAGAGUCUGGCACUAUCCUGCCUGGAGUGAGGGUCAUAAUAGUCAACCCAGAGACCAGAGGCCCACUGGGAGAUUCGCAUCUUGGGGAGAUCUGGGUGAGUAGCCCUCAUAGUGCCAGUGGCUACUACACUAUCUAUGGGGAGGAGAGCCUGCAGGCGGAUCAUUUCAACACCAGACUCAGUUUUGGGGAGCCCCACACCCUGUGGGCCAGGACGGGCUAUCUGGGCUUCAUCAAGAGAACUGAGCUGCUGGAUGCAAGCGGAGAUCGUCAUGAUGCCUUGUUUGUGGUGGGCUCCCUUGAUGAAACGUUGGAAUUGAGGGGGUUACGCUAUCACCCCAUCGAUAUUGAGACGUCUGUGUCCCGAGCCCACCGCAGCAUCGCAGAGAGUGCUGUGUUUACAUGGACCAACCUGCUGGUGGUGGUAGCAGAGCUGAGUGGCUCAGAGCAGGAGGCCUUGGAUCUGGUGCCCCUCGUCACCAACGUGGUCCUGGAGGAGCACCACCUCAUCGUCGGGGUGGUGGUCAUCGUGGACCCCGGGGUGAUACCCAUCAACUCAAGAGGAGAGAAGCAGAGAAUGCACUUGCGAGAUUCCUUCCUGGCAGACCAACUGGACCCCAUCUACGUGGCCUACAACAUGUGAACACCCUUCGCCAACUGAUGCAGAAACCUGAGCCAGGCUUUGAGAACAGACAUGAGGGAGAAGGACUUGGGUUGCAAUCAGUAGCAGCCCCAAUGUUAAACCUCAAACACACAUUCAAAACACCAAACAAUGGGAAUGCGAGUGCAGUACGAAUACUGUGAUGAAACGUGCUUCCCCUCUCAGAAGCUGUACCUUCCUUGCUUCCACCUUUCCAAUCGCUGCCGUCCAGGUUCACUGAGAUUUGUACUGAGAAGGGGAUCUCCCUCAGUAGUAGACAAAUCUGUCAGCUGGAGGAAAUCUGACCUUCCUUCCUGUGCAUCCCACUUCUCCCUCAUAGCUCCGAUUCAU